AUGAAGCAUCGCUCUCAAGGCCAUCCAAUCAAGAUGCGUAACAGGCAACCCAACGCAAGCUCAUACCCUACGGAUCAAAUGAUUACGCUCCUGCAGAUGACCCCCGACUUUCUCGACGAUUUUACUCUCGUUGCGUCUGGACGGGGUGGCCCAGACAACGUGACUGCAGCUUGCUUGGAAUUCAGCGAUGAAGGGCAAACGAAUAUACUGCGAGUGGCUAGGAAUGAUGACGGUGGCGUUGAGGCUCUUGAAGGAGUUAGGGAUAUUCUCACAACUAUCUUCAUGGGCUCACCAAUCGAACACGAUUUAGAUCCGUUGAAACAGCAGGUUGUAGGAAAGGUUCUUUCCAGAUGCAAACGCCGCAUCAAAGAGCAAGCCAUCCGUUUGAACAACCGAAUACAAUUUGUUUAUGGAUCUGAUACCGAUCAUUACAUCCAUCCAGAGAUCAUAGCGGUGUCCUCCAGGGACGAAUCGACGCAGGAUAUGGAAUUUCUCGGUCGCUAUGGCGAUGAAACUCAUGGGCCCUACAUGCGUCUGUGCGAGGAUCGUAUGAGGCAAUUAAAGAAGCUUACAGCCGAGGUUAUUCAUCCAUCUACAACCAGUGAGCUUAAGGCGCUGAAUAACCUGGGUCAGCUGGCCUAUAGCGUCCGACGUUCAAGCAGCUUUAAGCAUUUCGUACAGGCGAAUUUGAACAGAAAAAGGGAACCAGGCAUUAGUCUACCAACUGUGUCGAAGAUCAUCGAGCGAAUAGGAAAGAUCUCCAAGUUCUAUCGAGCAGCGCUGGCUAUGACGGACUUUGUCACGAAGGCAAAAGAGCUUGGCAGAAAAAUCACUAUCGAGCCUAUCCCAACAUCGAGAAUUCAAAUUCCCGAACUGGCAAAUCGAAAAGCCGCUCAACUGCGUGCGCGGGCAGGGCACAAAUUCGGAUGGGAUGAUAAGAAUAAGUUCGGGCGCAUGCUCGAACGUUGGCCCCGCUAUCGGCAACAUGCAGAGCUACAGCUGAUUGUGUUCUACGAGGAGAAUCCUCACAUCCAUCUCUAUAGCAAAUAUAUCGGAUGUAACAAGCAAGCUUGCUACCUUUGCUUCAGCUUCAUUAAGCAUCACGCUCGAUUUGAAGUCGACGGUGGUCAUCAGUCUCUGUAUUCCUUGUGGACAGUCAAAGAUACCAUCAAUUUCAGCACGUUAGAAAGAGCACAGGCGUUCCAAUCUGCGCUGAGGAAAGUCUGUCUUGAUGUCGGAGAGAAGUUUCAGCAACUCAAAGCGGCGAAAUGGCACCGUCAUGGAUUUGCGACCGCCAAUGAGUCUGUGCCCAAUCUCUCACGGAUGUCUUUGGUACCUGCUGUGUCUAACAGCCCAGGAAUACCAGACGAGGCAGCCGCUAUCUCACAGACACACCUUACUCCUAUACAAGAAGCUCUACCUGAAGAGCAUGAAAAAACCAUAAGUCACGAUGAGCCAGCCAUGGUGGACCAGCCGAACUCAGCUGCUACUGAAAUUGCAGUUUCCCCGAAUAUCCCGUCUUUGCCAGCCACUAUUCAGACCUCAUCUCCAAUCACGACAAGCGCCGCCGAUGCCCGCAUUCCACCUCCUAACAUCCCAGCCUCACCACCGAAUACAAUUUCAGUAUCUGAUUCAUCGCCCGAUGCCCAAGGCCUGCCUGCCAAUGUUUCGAUCCGUGCUUCAGACGAACCCGUUGAGGCAUCUGAUGUCGAGAACCAGCGUCUCAAAAUCCCUGCAAUGACCCUCGAUCAUACUAAUUCGCCUCUCAUUGCAAUGAGCGCUGUAUCGUUACAGCUGCAAGGAGUUAGUACAUCGAAUGACCCUAAACUUUCCGUUCACAAGCUACCGGAGAGUACAUCUGCCGUUUCCCUACAUCGCAACCAGCAUGGAAAACAGCGACGGCGUCGCCACAGUGAUAAAACCCCGUCUGAUGGAAUGACCCAACCUCAAUAUUCAAUAAUUUCCGGUCAGCGGACCUCAGGGCAUGAGUACAACGAUUCGCUGCGCAAAUACGGACGAUCGCAACAUCGUAGGCGAAGGAAGAAUCACAGAGUGAGGUAUCAACCGCUUGAAGUAUUGAAGACAAAAGGUGGAGGCUAUCCUUCUGCGGUCGUUUCAUUUACGAAAGGUAAUGAAACUCGGAGAAGGCGUGCUCAAGAAAGACGACGUCGUGAACGACAGCCCGCCCUAAAGGAACAUGGGUGUUUACGAGGGCUAAGCAUGAUCUUUAGAAAAAUCAAGCAUUUCCUUUCCGAGCGCAAGACCAAUCUACAGCGAUAA